AUGGAAGGGCUGGGCGACUACAGCGACAGCGAUGUCGAGUGUCUGCAAACACUCCACGCCAUUCUCAGCCACAAAGACUCGGCCAACUGGCCCCCGGCUGUGGUGCUUAUGCUGACAACCAACGUGGACAAGGCCGCGGGCUGUCAUGGCAACCGUGACGAGAAGACCCGGCAACCUUCACCGCAACGCAGGACCAGAUUUGGCCUCACCAGCAGAAUAGAAGCACUCCUCAAGGUAUCACAUAUGGAGAAGACAAUUCAACGGUGCACAGACAUGUGUUUCCUGCUGUGGCAGAGACAGCUAGUACGCAUCUACAUCAAACGGACUGUUACAUCGACCCCGCAGGCCAAAACGGACAAGCGAAUGACCGCAAAAGGAGACGAACAAGUGGGCCUAAACGAGGGCCAAAGGGGGGUGGCUGUGUUGUCUGUCCUAUUGGGUGCGGUCGCGGAUGGGAUGGGGGUGUGUGCUCACGCCCAGCACAUUGCUCCCGGUCUAUUAAUAGAACAGCAGCACGCGCAUGUGGUGAAGGUGCUGGACGAGUGUCUACUGCAGCCGCUGCCAAAACACGUCGAGGGUUUAGGGUUUGAAGGUUUAGGGUUUCAGGGGUUCUUUUUAGAACGACAGUUCAUAUGCGUGGUAGAGGAAUUGGGCGAGUGCCUCAUACGACCGUUGGCGAAACACGUAGAGCAGCGUGUGGCGUAA